AUGGACAUCAUAUACGAACAGUGCUUUAAACAGCUCGAUUCAGAAGAUAAAGCAAGUUUUGAACCGGUCGAUUUUCCCCUCACCGGAUUCUGUAAUGAAGCUGUAUUCCCAUUAGGGCAAAUCGCUUUCCCGGUGACUUUAUCAGAUGGCAAACAUUCACGAACAGUUACAGUCAAUUUCAUGGUCAUGCCAGCAACAUCACGUCAUGAUGUUUUGCUCCGGAGAAGGUCACAAAGAGAAUUCAGCAUGAUCACUUCCAUUCCACAUGCUGCUUGUGGAUUUCCGACAGAAAUCGGAGUUGCAAUUCUCUAUUCAAGCAAAGAAGUCAUGUCCGUGGACGAUGAACCACCAGCAAAGGUAGUCAAAUCUUCGGCAGCAAACGAACCAGAGAAAUGGGUUCUGAACAACGAAUACCCAGAGCAGACCAUUCUGCUAGGACAAGCCAUUUCACCAGCAACACGCAUACAACUGAAAGAGUUGUUGUCUACCAACAAAGAUAUAUUUGCCUGGUGCCCAGCAGACAUGACUGGAGUUCCACGCGACAUCGCGCAACAUUGUCUAAACAUCAAACCAUCAGUAGAACCUGUUGCUCAGGGGAGGCGCAGCUUCAGUGAAGAAAAAGCAAAAGCAAUGGACGAGCAAGUGACAGAGUUACUCAAUGCGGGAAUCUUGCGCGAAGUGAAAUACCAUACAUGGGUUGCCAACCCAGUGAUGGUACAAAAACAUAGCGGCGGGUGGAGAAUAUGUGUCGACUUCAAGGACCUAAACAAAGCAUGCCCCAAAGAUUGCUACGCGCUCCCAGAGAUAGACAAAAAAGUCGACUCUCUAACAUCAUUCAGAUGGAAAUGCUUUCUCGACUGUUAUAAGGGUUAUCACCAGGUCCAGAUGAAAAAAGAAGACGAAGACAAAACCGCGUUCCGCACAGAUAAAGGCAUCUACUGCUACACGAAAAUGCCGUUUGGCUUGCGCAACGCAGACGCAACUUAUCAACGCCUAAUGGACACAGUCUUUAGCGGGGAUACUGGCAAAACUGUCGAAGUAUACAUGGAUGACCUCGUCAUCAUGAGCCAUGAAGAGGAGACAAUGCUCAACAAUAUCCAGCGCACGUUCGAUUCCUUACGUAGCGUGAACUUAAAACUUAACCCGACAAAAUGCUCCUUCGGCAUGGAAGAAGGAAAAUUUUUGGGUUUCAUAGUUACAAGAGACGGCUUUAAGGUUAAUCCAGAAAAAGUGCAGGCCAUCCAGCUAAUGCCAUCACCUGCAACAGUCAAAGAAAUGCAAAGGCUCGCUGGACGAUUAGCAGCUCUGAACAGAUUUUUGGCUAAUCAUGCGGCAAAAUCUUAUCCAUUUAUCAGUACGCUGCGAAACUGCGGAAAGAAAACUCCUUUUCAAUGGACGCCUGAAGCAGAAGCAGCAUUCAAGCAAAUGAAAGAAUGUUUAAUUCAGCUGCCAACACUGACCGCGCCAAAAGAAAAAGAACCGUUAAUCUUAUAUCUGUCAGCCGCGGAAGUAGCGGUAGGCGCAGUAUUAAUGGUAGAACGGGAAAAUAUCCAGACUCCAAUCUACUAUAUCAGCAAAAUGCUCACUGGCCCCGAAACUCGUUACUCAAUGAUAGAAAAAUUGGUUCUAACACUAAUACACGCAUCCAGACGCUUGCGCAGGUACUUCUCAAGCCAUGUCAUCACAGUUCUCACGAAUUAUCAUUUAGGCCAAAUCUUGUCAAAACCUGAUGUGGCGGGAAGAUUAGUUAAAUGGGCCAUUGAGCUGGGAGGCUACAACAUUUUUUACAGACCAAGACCAGCAAUCAAAGGGCAAGUUCUAGCAGACUUUGCCACUGAAGUUCCCAUCGAUAAAAUACAAGAAUGUGAGGCAAUCCAGAACCCAACACCUGUUUUCGACGACAGAGUCUGGACCUUACACACAGAUGGUGCUUCCAAUGAUGAUGGAGCAGGAGCAGGCCUCCGAUUAGUCAGUCCGGAUAAUCACGAACUUACAUAUGCCAUACGCUUAGAUUUCCAAAGUACCAGCAAUGAAGCAGAAUACAAAGCAUUUUUAGCAGGUCUCCGUCUAGCACUCAAAAUGGGGGCAAGAAACCUUGAAGCCAACGUUGACUCAAAGCUAGUAGCCGAACAAGUUAACGGUCGUUAUGAUGCGAAAGGGGAAGCUAUGGCGUUGUACCUUGAACAAGCGCGGAUGUUAAUCAGCCAAUUUCAAACAUUCAAAGUUAAUCACAUAAACAGAAGCGAGAACAAGCACGCUGACGCGCUAAGCAAGUUAGCUGCUACCAGCUUUAAGCACUUACCAAAGGAGGUACGCAUAGAGGUAUUAUCCAACCCUUCCAUUCAUCUCAAGCAAGUAAGCGUCAUAGAAAUGGGAGAUUCAUCCUGGAUGUCUCCAAUCAUCUUGUACCUUCAACACGGAAAACUUCCGGAAGGAAAGGCAGAAGCUCGAAAAAUACAACACAAAGCAAUAAAUUACGAGAUGGCGGAUGGCGUCCUUUAUCGAAAAUCAUUCAUGGGCCCAUCACUACGCUGUGUUGAUAAAACAGACGCCCAAUACCUAGUCAGAGAAAUCCACGAGGGAUUAUGCGGGAUACACGCGGGACCGCGCAUGGUCGUGGCAAAAAUAAUGAGUGCCGGAUACUACUGGUCAGGAAUGCACAUGGACGCAGUUGAUCUAUUAAGAAGAUGCGAGGCAUGUCAACGCCACGCACCAAAGACAUUCCGACCCAAAAAUCCGCUAAUUCCCGUUACUUCCGCCUGGCCAUUCCAACAGUGGGGCAUCGAUCUUGUUGGCCCAUUUCCUGACGCGCCGGAAGAUCUUCAAAAAUGGUUCAAAGAAAUGAAGAUCGAGCACAACUUUGCCUCCGUUGCGCAUCCUCAAGCGAACGGUCAGGUAGAAAGCGUAAACAAACAAAUCGUUGACGGCAUAAAAGCGCGACUUGGGACAGCGCGCAGAGGGUGGGUUGACGAACUUCCCAGCAUCCUCUGGGUGCAUCGAACAAUGCCAAAGACUAGCACCGGCGAAACUCCGUUCAGUCUAGUCUAUGGGUCUGAGGCCGUCAUUCCAGCUGAGAUAGGUUUACCGUCACCGCGCAUGAUAGCCAUGGAAAAACAGAACAAUGAACAAGAGCGAAGAAUGGAUUUGGAUCUUCUGGAAGAGAGGCGUGAGAACGCCGCCAUAACGGAAGCAAGGUACAAAUCCAAGCUCGAAAAAUAUUACAAUGCGCGCGUGCGUGUUUGCACCUUCAUCCCCGGCGAUUUUGUCUUGCGCGACAAUGAGGCCUCAAACGCUGAAAAGCCCGGCAAAUUAGCGCCAAGAUGGGAAGGACCAUACGUCAUUAACGAGGACCUAGGCAAGGGGGCAUAUACCCUAAAAAAGAUCGAUGGGACCCUAGUCCCCCGCACCUGGAACGCACAACAGUUGCGCAGGUGUUACAUAUGA